AUGUCGACAGGUGCCAACCUCGAGGUCGUGGAGGCCGCGCGAGCGGACUACCCCGCCAUCGAGAAGGGCGUCGACGCCGGGAGGAAGCCCGGGGCGUACACGGGCGACAUGGCCGACGGACGGGACUCCCACGACACGCUCGGCGGCCCCAACGGCGAGGUGUACCCCACCGAGGAGGAGCUCCUCACGCUGCGUCGCACGCACGGCAAGGUGGACUGGCUGAUUUACAGCAUCGGCUUCGUCGAGAUGUGCGAGCGUUUCGCGUACUACGGCACGACGGCGGUGUUCGUCAACUUCAUCGCGUAUCCCCUCCCACCGGGCUCGACGACCGGGGCGGGCGGCACGUAUGAGCAAGCCGGCGCCCUGGGUCUAGGACAGCGAGCUUCGACCGCCCUGACUCUAUUCAACAGCUUCUGGUCCUACGUUAUGCCUCUGGUCGGUGGUUACCUCGCCGACACGUACUGGGGCCGCUACCUCACGAUCCAGUGGGCCAUCGUCGUCGCCACCUUCGGCCACAUCCUCAUCAUCGUCGCGGCCGUGCCCGCGGUCAUCUCGAACCCGAGCGGCGCCCUCGCGGCCUUCAUCAUCGGCCUCGUCUUCUUCGGCACCGGCGUCGGCUGGUUCAAGGCCAACAUCUCGCCCCUCAUCGCCGAGCAGUACGAGCUCACCCAGCCGCGCGCGACGGUCCAGACGAUCCCCGGGACUGGCGAGCGGGUCAUCGUCGACCCCGUCAUGACCAUCUCGCGCGUCUACAUGCGCUACUACUUCCUCAUCAACGUCGGCGCCCUCGUCGGCCAGGUCUCCAUGGUCUACGCCGAGAAGUACGUCGGCUUCUGGCUCUCGUACCUGCUGCCCACCAUCAUGUUCUUUUUCUGCCCCGUCGUCAUGCUCGCCUGCCGCAAGCGCUACGCCAAGAGGCCGCCCACCGGCUCCGUCCUCGGCAAGUCCAUCGCCCUCAUCGGCUACGGUCUCAAGCAGGGCGGCGGCGUCGCCGAGAUGCGCAAGGACGUCUUCUGGGAGCGUAUCAAGCCCUCGCGCGUCGCCGCCAGGCCUGCGUGGAUGACGUUCGACGACGCGUGGGUCGACGAGGUCCGCCGCGGCGUCAUGGCCUGCACCGUGUUCCUCUGGUUCCCCGUCUUCUGGCUCGCCUACGGCCAGAUGACCAACAACCUCAUCAACCAGGCGGCCACGAUGCGCCUCGACGGCAUCCCCAACGACAUCAUCACGAACCUGAACCCCUUUGCGCUGCUCAUCUUCAUCCCCAUCUGCGACAAGGUCAUCUACCCGGCCGUCGAGCGCGCGGGGCUGCGCUUCACGCCCAUCAAGAAGAUCGCGCUCGGCUUCCUCUGCGCUACGCUGUCGAUGGUGGUGGCCGCCGUCAUCCAGCACUUCAUCUACCAGCGGGCGCCGUGCGGCUACGGCGCCAGCGACACGGAAUGCAUCCGCGAGAACGGCCCGCCGGACAUGACGGUCUGGAUCCAGACGCCGUGCUACAUUCUUAUCGCACUGAGCGAGAUCUUCGCCUCCAUCACGGGGCUGGAGUACGCCUUCACCAAGGCGCCCAAGAACAUGCGCGGCCUCGUCACGGGCGUCUUUUGGUUCGUCCACGCCUUCUCGAGCGCCAUCGCCCAGGCCUUUGUCGGCCUGGCUGCCGACCCGUUGCUUGUGUGGCUGUACACCUGCAUCGCCAUCAUUAGCUGCUUGGGGGGUGUCGGGUUCUGGCUCAUGUUCCGCAAGCUCGACAAGGAAGAAGACGCGCUCAACGCGCUGCCGGAGAGUACCUACAAGGGACGGGUAGAUGCUGAACCUGAGAGCAAGGCGGUCUAG